GGAGAAGAGGCGGAGACGAUGUGAUGGGACACGGGGCUUGAGUCGGUCGGGGACGCGUGGAGGGUAUAAGUAUCCUCGAUUACUUGCUCAAACUUGCGCUCGUUUGAUCCUCGCUCACCUUAUCUGGAAAAUCCACGCCAUUCGACAUUUCGACCAAUCCGAGACCGGUAAUUCUGUAUAUUCACUCAUUCGAACGCGUCGCUUGCACCAUCGCUACCAUGCACUCCACACUCUCCAUCGCUUCGGUCCUGGCCGUCCUCGCGGGCCAGACUCUUGCUGUCACGCACAUGGUCAUGACUGAUGGCAUUGCGUUCUCGCCAAGCUCUGUCUCCAACGUCGCCUCAGGCGACGAAAUCAGCGUCACCUUCAGCACCCAGAUCCCACACAACAUCAUCUCGAGCACGUUCGAUGCACCAUGCACGUACAAUGAAGCCGGCGGCGUCGCAUCCUUGACAUACAAGAAGGGUGAGGUGUUCGUGUUCAAGGUCAACUCGACGGAUCCGCAAUGGUUCUACUGCUCUGUUGGUGACCACUGCAACGAGGGCAUGAUCUUCGCCAUCAACCCUUCCAGCACCGAGACCGUCGAGGAGGCCCAAAACAAAGCCGCCAACGCCGACAUCACGCUAGCGAACAACGAGGUUGCGAUCGGUGGAGCCGUGGGUGGUUCCGGAUCCAGCUCUGGUGACAUGUCAGGCAUGUCAGGCAUGUCCAUGUCAUCCGGCUCCAUGUCCUCCGGCUCCAUGACGAUGGACAUGUCCUCCGGCUCCAUGACCAUGGAUAUGUCCUCCGGCUCCAUGACCAUGGACAUGUCCUCCAUGCCCUCAAUGGCCAGCACCAUGACUAUGGCGAGCGGCGGCAUGAGCAUGA